AUGUUAACGAAAAAUUAAUAUGCAUAACUUCCAGUUCAAUCUGUUUUAUACCAAUAAUAGACUUAAACUAAUUUAAAAACUUUCUACUUAGCAAUUUUAAUCAUCUAUCUAACUAAAGAUGAUACAGUUGAUCUUAAUUACUAUUUUAAUAUUCUUUUGUCAUAAAUAGCUUUAAUUUUAAAUAAUAUUAUAUAUAUCACCUUAAACUUCAAUGGUAUAUUAACAACAAGCAGCCUAGAGUCAGAUGUAUACAUAAUAAAAUCAACAUGUCAAAACAAUAUAAUAAUACCACACAUAUAUAACAAAUGA